AUGAACAUCGACAUCGCCGCCAUCGUCGCCGGGAUCGUCGAGAAGGCCCGCCUGCACGAAAAAUGGAUCGCACGUCUUCGCAUUCUGAAGACGUGCGGCGACCGUGUUCAAGCCGACUUCGACAAACUGGUCUUUUACGUGAGUUUUGGACGGAAUUUCCAGAAUGAAAGCUGCUUUUCAGUUCGACCUAACGCACAAGAUGAGAGGAAUUCACAACUUCACAAGCACAGAUGCUCGAUGGAUGAUUGUGAGUUUUCCUUUUUCAUAGACGAUUCACGGCUGGCUUGGGACGCAAAAAGGCGUGGCCUGUCUGCACUCUCCACUAACCAGGGCACUGUCUCGUCUCUUUUCGUGGCAGGACCCUUUUCUCGAUGGCUCAAGCCAGCCGUGAAUCAACUAUAAUUCCUAUUUUGUCAACCCAAGAUUCCUAAACCCUUUAAUAACACUUCGAAGACCUUUCGAGCUCCUAAAAGCCUCUAAAACAGCUUCAACUUGAGCAUCCCCUAAAAUUUUCCAGAAACUUUCAAACACUAGUUCAAGAAGACUACUUGAAGACGUCCGAACCUUUUCCAGAAACUCGCUCAGAAGAUCAUCACGACGCUGGACGACGACCUGGCGGUUUUGGAGAAGGAAAUCGUCGACAUGGACCUUCUCCACCGACGGACCGGCCAGAAACUUGUCAGAGAGGUCCUGAAAAAGGCCCAUAAAGUUCGUUAUGAGUGCCUUCGCCUCUCUGAAGCUUUGUCGCAUUUUCAGCACAACUGCGUGAGUUUUUUCUUUCACUUGGUUGUUCGUUCUUUUUAUAGGCAAAGUCGGAAAGGUUGGAAAAAGGCUCUAGAAAUGUUCCUUUUUUGCUGCCUUUUCGCGCCAUUUUCUCGGCCGUUAUGCACCAUUUUUGCUGCCUUUUCACCAUUUCUCGAGCCUUUAAAAUCUUAGAAAAAUGGAAGGCUCGAUAAAAGGGACUCUUUUUGCUGCCUUUCUGCAGCCUUUUCGUUGCCUUUUUACUGCCAUUUUGCUGCCUUUUUGCCACUAUCAACCAUUCCGACUUUGCCCGAGUCGGCACUCGAAUUUCAACGUUUUUUUCAAUAUAGAAGAUCUGGGGUUUAGAACUUUCGAAUCAAAAACUCUCUCAUUUUCAUAUCUUUGAUUAUGAUUCAAUCCACUUUUGAACAUCAAAUCGAGCUUCCGAAAGGAUCCAAAAUUAUUGACUCCAAUUCAAUUUUUUUUCCAGAAAUUCGACAUGAUUUACGCAUUGAUGAUGAAGGAGCUCAACUACAACGUCGGAUGUCUCAAGUUCGCUGUCUCUGAUGUCCCGGAUUUCGAAAAAAUUCGUCGUGAAAUCAGGUUCUAA